AUGGGCAUGACAGACCAGCAAACAGAAGCCACAUGGCUGAGGAGCAAAGAGCAGUGGCAGCACAACAGAAAGGAGAGCCAGCAGCAGCACAGCAAACUAAAUCCUGACAGCAACUCAGAGAACAGCAUGGAAAGCAACAAUAGAGCAGUGGUGGAACCAGAGGCUGUCAGUGAUGAUGGAGCAUUGCAGCACAGUGGACCAAUUUAUCGACAUGGAGAUAGAAGUCCGAUUGAAAACUAUCCCAAUGGCUUACACAGUGAAAGUGAAUGGCCACAGGGAUUUGGGCAACUGACUAAGAUUGGGAUGCAGCAGCAGUAUGAGCUUGGACAAUACAUAAAGAAGAGAUAUUCAGAUUUUCUGAGUGCGGGUUACAACAGAGAGGAGAUCUUAAUCCAAAGCACUGAAAUUGAUCGAACCAUAAUGAGUGCCCAAGCAAAUCUUGCUGGUAUGUUCCCUCCUAUUGGUGAUCAGAUCUGGAAUCCUGAGCUCCUGUGGCAACCAAUCCCAGUACAUGUCAUCACAAAGGCAAGCAAUCCUAAAUUACGCUAUCCAAUUUUUCAAUGUCCACGCUACAUAGAGCUUUUGAAGAAAACCAUAGCAUCAAAUGAAUUCCAGGAAAAAAUUAGACCAUAUGAGGAGUUCAUAAAAACAAUAGCUUACUAUUCAGGAUAUAAUGCUUCUGUUCUCAAGAAUCCCAUGAAUUUUAAAAUAUGGCAUGUACAAGAUACACUAUUUUGUGAGUCUAUUCACAAUUAUACAUUACCUGAAUGGGCAACUGAAGAUGUAAUGAGAAAGUUGACAGAGCUUACCGAAUUGUCCUUAUCAUCAUUGUUUGGUAUUUACAAGAGAGAAGAAAAGGCACGGCUUCAAGGAGGUCUUCUUGUGAAAGAUAUUCUACAAAAGUUCUCAGAAGCUCGAUUUCCUCAGAAAAGAAAGAUGAUAGUCUAUUCUGCACAUGACACUACUCUUGGUGCUCUGCAGAUGGCGCUCAAUAUAUACAAUUAUAAACUACCACCUUAUGCCUCUUGCCAGAUUUUUGAACAAUAUGAAGAAGAAAAUGGACUUCACACUAUUGAAAUGUAUUUUCAAAAUGACACUUCAAAAGAAUCUUAUCCUGUCACAUUGCCUGGCUGCUCAUAUGCAUGUCCACUACAACAAUUUGCAAAACUGGUUUUUCCCAUCUUGGUAGACAACUGGGAAAAAGAAUGUGAGAAGAUAGACAUUGAUAAAGAAAAAUUCCCUGAACCUGCUGAUGAUCCACUGGUGCCAACAGAGAAGGUGCAAGAUAUAAAAGCCACUACUGAGACCAUUAGGCUUUAA